AUGGCGACAUUCUCAUCUCAAAAGGAUCUUGUUGCGACUUUCAAGAAGGAAACGAUUUUAAACGUGGGGGCAUUAAGAAAGCUGCAUACUAUACCAUCAGAAUUAAGUAAAGAUAUUUUCAAAGAAAAUGCACUCGAGAAACCGACGCAAAAUCUUUUUAAUCAUCUUUCAUACUACUUAAUGGGAAUCAUCGACAGUCAGGCCGCUCGUGGUCUGUCCUGGCCAUUGUAUGACACUAAAACCGAGCGAGCUUUUAGGAACGGCCUAUCUAACAUAAUUAGUGAUUACAGUAAUAAGGGUUUGUUACCCCCAGUGAUGUCAUCAUACUUAGUUAAUCCUGGUUGCUAUAAAGUCACGUUACUCAUCUUCCAAAUGUCUCAGCUGGCUUUGCAGAGGACUUUGCUGUCUAAAAUGUGCAAAGAAAAACAGAAAAAGCUGUACAAUGAUAUGACAGAAAUGUAUAAAUCUGAUAAUAAACAAACUUUUACAGAAAAUAUUGAAAGGGCCACAGUAAUAUUGUCGAGUAAGUUCUCAAACUACAUAUCAAAAAGGAAAAAAAUUGAAAAGAUUGCUACCAUUAUGAGUAAGAAAAUAUCAGAAAUGGAAACAAAAUUAUCUUCAUUAAAAGCUCAAGUCUACAUAAAUGAUUUAGUUGAUGGUUUUCUAAAAAAAUAUGAUGUAGAUGAAAUUACAAAAAAAGAAAUAUUGUGUAUCAAAAAUGUAAAUAAACCAUCAAAAUAUUUUGAGGUAUGGCUCUCUGAUUAUGAUAAAAAAAUAUCAGAGAUAGAAAGUAGAUGGGAUGAGAAAAUGAACCCAAUUUUGAAGUUAGCUCUUGAUACACAAUGUUCCACGGAAAUGUUAAUAGCCAGGCAAACUGGUGAAGCUGAUAAGAGUACGUACAUGUUAGAAUUUAACCCAAAAACGGAUGACAUUUGUACAAAAGAAUUACUAUGCGAAGUAAACACUGAACAGAAAUAUAUUUUGAAGAAUAUUAUCAGCAAUGAUCAGUUAAAUUUUCCAAACCUUAUCCGUGCGUUUCUUGUAGCAGUAUCUUAUAUACAGAAGAAUGCUGAACAUAGUGAUGAGAUAUAUAAGUUUAACACGUACUUAGAUACUGGACGGAGACAAUUUUCUGACAUAGUGACUGCUAUGAAGGUGCUUUUAGAAAGAGUUAUGAAAGCUGAAGCUAAAUUGCCCGAAAGGUCAGUCUCGUACAGCGAGUCAAGGUCUCUAAAAGAUUUCAUUGAAAUACCACCAUUGCCAGACCUCUCAGACCUUAAAAUGGGCAAGGAUUGGCAGUCUCAAAAUAUAUUUGACACUUUUACACCACUAAAUAUAUCUAAACACCAAUUUAACUUGCAACGCAAAAGUAGAGCAAUGUUUACUAAACCACAAUCGCGACCUCUACUUGUCGCACCGUUCUACCAAGGACCAAGAGAUGAUUUCUUAAAGAGUGUUAUAUCAUGUCGUGUCAGUUCAUAUAACCGUUCGAACACUACGCAGAAUUUUAACAUGUCAUUAAUAUCCCAAACAAAUUUUAGAAGCAAUGAAACUAUUGCUGAAUGUUCAUCAGGCUUCACAAAGCAACAGAUUAUGAGAUUGCUGUCAACAAAGAAGUCUAGCAGUUCUAAAAAGUUCAAAUACAAGACUGAAAGGCCUAAUAAUGCUAACAUAAAAAAAGGUGGACUAUUUGAUGAGUCGCAACACACAUCAACCGACAGUAAUGGCUUGUACAGGAGCUAUUCAUCACCAAAUCUAUUUGAGAAUCGUGAGAAAAAGUCCAAGAUUGGUAGAAAAUUAUCAAUAAUGCAAGAAGACUGUCCUCUUUUAGAAGUUUCGGGAAUAUCCGCAUUAGAGAAAAACAACAGUUAUGGGACACCUGAAGGAGUUGUACAUUUGGUAAAUUCUAGAAAACUGUUUGAUGCUGCAAGUUUACCUGCUAUAUCAUUAACUCCUGUACGUGAAACUACCAAUUCUAAUAAUAAAGGGAGCAAUACUGCACUGCAUAAUUUUGCAGAUGUAAAUUUAUCGAAACUACAUGAAACAGUAUUUGAUAAAGAGGCCUCUAAGACUGAAACUCCCACAAACAAUUCACAAUUGAUACGUAAAACUAGCUCCUUAGAAAAGAUUAUUAACAGAUUUAAAAAAGUUAGAGCUAACGUUUUGACCUCUGCGGAAAAAGAUGACGAUUUUAAAACUAUAGUUGAAGAGAAAGAAAACAUGAAUAUGGUCAACAUAGAAACAUGCACAGCAAAUAGAGUCUUAUUACCUGAUCUUUUGAGUCCGAGUUAUAGUAUAUUGCCUAACGUGAAGCUUGAGACUGAUGAAGUGGUGACAAGGAAACCACGAGAGAGUCUUGGUACCGCACUGGGGGUGGACCAUACAUUCUUGGAUCAAUUUGAUUUAAUAGAUUAA